AUGCGCCAUCUUCCAGACGAGCUAAUUCUUCUCCUACUAGAAUACCUCGAGCCCGAACAGCUCGUGAACCUCCAAUACGUCUCCCGUCAAUUCCUCAAUCUCUCCCGCGACAACAACCUAUGGCGCACGCUCUGCUUCGAACACUCGGCUGCCGAGCGCAGACGCCGCGAUCUGCGACCUACCUCGGAUGAAGUCGAAUCACGCUAUGCGGAGCUUAUCAGAGCUGCCAACGAAGUCGCAAACGCGUUUCCCACCAGCGUGCACGAUCCUACGGCGCCGAGCGCAGACGUACAAGUGCAGAGGAAUGUGGGCAGGAGGAAAGCGGCGCUGUUGACGAAUUGGGAUCCGAGCUAUCCGGGGGAGAAGGUGGAUUUCUACAGCGAGUUUAUACAGAGGCAUGCGCCGCAUAAUCUGAGCUGGUUUCAGGAUGCCAAACAUGGGCAUCGCGACGAUAAUCUGCACCAUGAGGCGACUGGCGCGGCGAUAUUGUAUGGCGAUGAUGGGCUGGCGGAGAAGCUGGUUGCUCCGCUGGAAGACGGGAGUAUCAGCAUCUGGAACGCGUCUGCGCGGGAGGGACGCCAGGGACGCAUCGUUGCGAGGACGGCGGUGGGCUUGCUGCCGGACAAGGGGAGUGAUCUGGACAUGGAUACGAGGCUCAGCCAGAGUAGGGCCGUCAUGACGGAGACGGGGGCAGUCGAGUGCGUGAGCGUGGACAGCCGUGCGAAAAAGGGGUUCUUCGCCGUGCAGAACACGCUCAACGAGGUGGAUCUUCGGACCCUGCAGGUCGUGAGCCGGACGCCCUAUCCGUUUCCCAUCACCGCUCUCUCAGAAGCAAGACACCCUACGCCGCUGACGGUCGGCACAAACUGGACCGUCCACCUGCACGACACUCGAAAACCCCCGUCCCUCCCCGCCUCCUCCCGCUGCGAACUCAUAGGCGGCGCCUCCGCCUCGCCGUCGUUCUCCCCGCGCCUCCAAACAGGCGACUUCGGCGACCACGUCUCCCUCGCGCAGCCCGGCGCCCUCUCCAUCCUGCACCUCCCCACCUCCCGCGAGUGGGACGCUAACGGCGACAUCUGGCUCGCCGGCCGCUUCACCUCCCUCCUCAACUUCGACCGCCGCUUCUUCCCCCGCCUCCGCGGCACAGUCCACUCCGGCGCGCGCAUAAGCUGUCUCGCUGCCUUGCCCUACCCGUUCGUCUCGCGCUCUACGCACCCCGCCGCCGUGCACGCUGCGAAGACCGCGCAGGGACAUACCCUCAUAGCGGCAGGCGAGUACAAAGGGAAAGGCAGUCUCGAGCUUUACGGUUUAAGUCCUGACCCCUUGCGCUCUAUUAAUUCGUCCGACGCCCGCACGACGCGGAAUGCGCAAGCGGUGUAUCAGAAUCGGCAGACUGCCUCCGCGUCGAAGUUACUCUCUGUCGCAGCGCACGGCACGCGGCUUGUUUUCAGCGAUGGGGACGGCGGCCUGAAGUGGGUGGAGAGAGACGGGUGUGCGGCUGUGCGCGCGCUGAAUAUUAAUUCCCGCGACGUGGAGAGUGGGGGCGGGGCGGUGGGGCGACGCUUGGAGCUGGAAUGGGACAAGGAGGUGCUGGGCAAGGGGAUAUCGUGA